UUGAUGUCUCGCGGUAUGUUGUUUGAAAAAAAAGAGGGAGUUGUCUUGUACUAGCUAGCUACCGUGAGUAGUACAGCUAGCUAGCGAUCUAAAAAUGUAAGUAUUGUUAGCUAAUUGAGACGAAACAUCAGAAUGACACAAAAUGGAUGGAAACGGACGGACUAUGACGAGCGUUUUGAAAUGCUGUACAGCUCCAUCAUCACGCAGAACUCCAGCUGGUCCCAGGCAGCUGUGUCUCUCACCAGGUCGGUCUGUCGAUGGCGGAGCGACAGCGGCCUGAGCUCGUCCUCCUUCCAGGCUCCCGUACUGGAGAGGAGCGGCAGACCCAGCCGAUCGCGAGAAGCCCCGUCUGCCCAUACCCAGUCCACCUCUCUUCAGAAGAGCACCUUUGAGCCCUGGGGCUGGAGCGAGCAAGACCCGGGCAAGUAUGGCCGGGCAAGGAGCGGACCGGAGCUGCAGGGGCAAAGGGGGGGAAGACGGUGGAGGGAGAUGGUCCCAGCGAAUGGCGGUUCUGAGAACAGCAUCGUGAUCAGUGACGAAGGAACAGACUGCGAGAUUCUGGAGGAAGGCGACGGCGGCCGGAUGACGAGCAGCCCCAUCGUGGACGGAGACGCCGGCGUCCACGCGCUUUGGGUCUUGGGGGACGGCGAUGGGUUCCGAGACCGAGAGCACGAGGCCCGGGGUCAAGGCCAUGCGAUUUCUUUACCGAACAAUGAACGGGAGGCUUUGGAGUUUGGGAGAGUUGUAGGAGACCCAGACAACUGCAGUGACUCAUUAUCGACAGCGUCUGGCCCCACUCUUUCUGCUGACUUUGCCCUCCGGUUGCCCUGUCCGGCCUGUGCCAAGCUCUUCAGAAAAAUGAGAAGGCUCAAAGACUGGGAAAAAAUAAUUGACAAUGAUCCUACGUCGUUGUCAUGUGACCAAUGGGUGUUGAAGAAAAUAUGGAGGCCAAGAGCCCUGCCAAACAGAAAAGGCAAGCUGUGGACACAUCUUAGUCAAAUUCGGAUGAGGGCUUUGAGCAGCACAGAGGCCGGAGAAAUACAAAACCCAAAGCCCUCAUGCUCAAGACCUCAUGUGUUUCUGCACAGAAAUCUUUUAUUAUGCAAGAGAAAGGACGCUCUCGCUCGCAGAAAACCUCGGCACGCGAGGGCGAUGGCUGUUCGAGCUGGAGCGCGGGGGGGCAGGAGGCAGAAGAAGCGGAAGUUGUGCGAGACGGAGCUCCAGGAGGAGGGGCAGCUGCACACGCACUGCGCCAGCUCCAGCAGUACCAGCCGCAGGGCUGAGGAGCCUGCGCUGAACAUCAGCGACAGCGAAGACAAGACUGCCGCCUGCAGGAAACUGCAGUUCCACGGGGCAUCCGUGGCCCCAGACCCUAAACGGCAGUACGAAAAGCCAGAAAACCAGAAAACCGCACAGCAGGACGUGGAACCACAUACGGGCUCCACGUCACUUACACCAGCAGCCACGAGGAGUGAGACAUUUAACCCUUCGCCUGUGGGGGGCGCCCUGGACCCCUGUCCCUGGGUGCGGGGUGGGGGCUUUAGGACCAUGCUGGUGGAGCUGGAAGGAAACCGGAGCGUGGUGGUCCGAGAGCUUGACCGUUUAUCCGCGAAUAAACUAAGAUAAUACAUGUAAUUAUUUAACGUUUCGCUGACCAAAAUACAAAGUUUCGCUGGGUUUAAAAAUCUCACAUUACAAUGACAUUUUUUGCUUUCUAUUUUAUUUUAGCGUUUCAAUGUGUUUAAAUGUUCAUUUGUCAGUUACUGGAUUCAGUUUUA